AUGACUCUACAAGAAUCAGCUAAAGUCAUGCUUCAUGCUAAGCAUCUACCCUACCAUUUUUGGGCUGAAGCAAUGAAUAUUAUUUGUCAUAUUCAUAAUAGGGACACUCUGAGAACUGGUACUUCAGCUACUCUCUAUGAAUUAUGGAAAGGGAGGAAGCCUACAGUCAAGUACUUUUAUGUGUUUGGAAGUAAAUGUUACGUUUUGGCUUAUCAUGAACAGAGAAGAAAGAUGGAUUCCAAGAGUGAUGAAGGAAUAUUUCUGGGCUACUCUACAAACAACAAAGCCUAUAGAGUAUUUAAUUCCAAAACCAAAGUCAUGAUGGAAUCUAUUAAUAUUGUGGUUGAUGAUUCAAUCAUAGAGAAGGAAAUUGAUGUCGAAAAAGAUGUUGGAACACCAUCUCAGAUGAAUGAUGCUCUAGAAGACGUAGCAGACAUUGAGUCUAACACUGAGUCUGCAGGUACUAAAUCAGAGGUCAAUCAAGCCAAUAAAGGUCCUUCUAUCAGAAUCCAGAAAGAUCAUCCUAAGGAGCUCAUUAUAGUGAAUCUUAAUGAAGGAAUAACCACUGGGUCAAGAGAGGUUGUAUCCAAUUCUUGCUUUGUCUAUAAGUUUGAACCUAAGAAUAUGGAUGUGAAAAGGGACUUUUUGAGUGGGUACUUAAAUGAAGAGGUGUAUGUUGAACAUCCCAAGGGGUUCAUAGAUCCUACUUUUCCAAAUCAUGUGUUCAAACUAAAGAAAGCUCUUUAUGGUCUAAAGCAAGCUCAUAUGGCUUGGGAUCUUAUUGAAGACAAGGUUGUUACCCUUGAGCAUGUGGCCACUGAGAAGCAACUGGAUGAUAUUUUCACUAAGGCAUUGAAGAUCAAGCUUGAAAGACUGAUAAAAUCUUUGGCUGAAGAGAGUCCUGGUAAGAAUAUGCCUAGUGAUGCUGAAGAAGGAGAUGAGGAAGAUGAGGAUGUUGUUGAUGAUGCUACCUCUACAGAUGAAUCAUAUGCUUCUGCAGACAUCUGA